AGCACAGCAGUGACUUCUCUGUCGGGGCGUAAGGCAGAAUUGCUCAAUGCUGGCAGCUCUCUUGCCUUUGAUAAUGUGAGACUUUCCGGGCAGGGUGAUUGCAUCUUGCGGUGUCAGCUUUCUGCCACUCUGGGGAAUUCCCAGGUUUUGUGCAAGACUUUCCCUUUUAAAGCCCCUUGGCUUUGCUUGCCCCAUCUUCCUCUUGGGUGACUUCCAGGCUCCAGACAUGGGGCUUCCUAAAGCUCAUGCCUCUGCCGUGCUUUUGGUGCUGUCUGCUCUGGAGGCCUGUGCCCUCGACAGCUACGUCGCAGCCGUCUAUGAGCACAGCCACGCAGUCAUCCUGCCAGAUGCCACUGAUGAGCCUGUUUCUCCUGAUGAUGCUUUGGCCCUGAUGAACAAAAACAUGGAUGUCUUGGAAGGGGCCGUCAAGGAAGCCGCCCAGCAGGGCGCCCACAUCAUUGUGACUCCCGAAGAUGGCAUUUACGGCUGGCUUUUCACAAGAAAAACCAUCUACCCCUACCUGGAGGAUAUCCCUGAUCCGGCAGUGGACUGGAUUCCCUGCACCGACCCCACAAGAUUUGCUCCAGCACCAGUGCAGGAACGACUCAGCUGCAUGGCCAGGAAUAACUCCAUCUAUGUGGUUGCAAACAUCGGGGACAAGAAGCCGUGUAACUCCAGUGAUCCUGGCUGCCCCAGCGACGGUCGCUAUCAGUACAACACCGACAUCGUCUUUGACUCGGAGGGGAAACUGGUGGCUCGUUACCACAAGUACAACUUGUUUAGAAGAGAAACUCAGUUUAAUUACCCUAAAGAGCCUGAAGCCAUCACCUUUGAGACCCCCUUUGGGAAGUUUGGCAUUUUCACGUGCUUCGACAUCCUUUUCCGUGAGCCUGCCGUGGUCCUAGUCAGCGAGUUGCAGGUGGACACCGUGCUCUUCCCCACGGCUUGGAUGAACGUCCUGCCCUUUCUGACUGCAAUUGAGUUUCACUCUGCCUGGGCUAUGGGCAUGGGUGUCAAUUUGCUUUCAGCAAAUACUCACAACAUCGGCUUGGCAAUGACAGGCAGCGGGCUGUUCACGCCGGAGGGACCCGUCGCCUACCAUUACGACAGCAGGACAGAGGAGGGACGUCUCCUGCUAGCCGAGCUGAGUGCACGCCCCCGUCUUUCCCCCACCUACCCGCCUGCUGUCAACUGGAGCUUGUAUGCCACAAGCAUCAAGAAAUUUCCAGAAAAAGACACUUUCUCAGGAGCUGUUCGGCGGGAUAUAUUCACUUUCAGUGAACUCAGGCACAAAGCUGGAAAUUACACGGUUUGCCAAGGAGACCUCUGCUGUCAUUUGGUCUAUCGGAUGCCAAACAAGAGCAAUGAUGAAGUUUAUGUCCUGGGUGCAUUUGAUGGGCUUCACGGUUCUCUCAUAAAAUACCAUUGGCAGAUAUGCACGCUGCUCAAGUGCCAGACCACAGACCUGAACACAUGCGGGCAGCCGGCGGAGACGGCUCAGACCAAGUUUGAGAUGUUCUCCCUCAGCGGCACCUUUGGCACCAACUACGUCUUUCCAGAAGUCUUGUACAGCGGGGUGCAGCUGGCCCCCGGGGAGUUUGAGGUGCUACGUGAUGGACGUUUGAAAAGUAAGCAUGGCACAUCGAAACCCCUCUUAACAGCGACGCUUUUUGGACGGCUUUACGAAAAGGACCUGCCAAAUCCUCUGCGAACCUCCCCGUAAUGUACCUCCUUAGCUGUUACACACACCGUAGACAGGAGGGGAAUUUCCUACAGAGAUGCACCUCCUUAUGAGCCGUGGCAGUGAUCCUGGAUCAUUCCUGUUCUGUAGCCUUUCUCAGCAGCAGUGGCAGUUGAGUUUCUUUAGAAGAAAGCAAUGUGAUCGCUCUGUUGUGUACCUAUAUCAAUGGUGUAUUUUUUUAAUAAUGCUUGAGCCAGUGCAACUAUUUUUUAGUAUGACUGCUGUGUCGUGAAAUUUUAAAAUAGAAAUUUUAUUUUUUUUUUCCAGAGAUAUCACAUAGAUUGCCAGGAUAACACUAGAAAGAGGACUGAUACUGAAAUGUGUGAAAUGUGAAGUUUGCCAAUUUGCUGCAGAACAAAUCUUUGCAAAGGAA